AUGCCUUUUCUGUCUCGUGUGUGGGGCAUAUUGUCUGUAUUAAGAGCAAUCCAACACCCUGUAAAUCUUUUAGAGCUUACCCUGUGUUUAUAUAGCAAGAGGUCGACUCGCACUUUGCCAUUGGCUUCAUCGUUACACCAAGGUUUUAUUGGCAGUUAUCGGAACAACUUAUGCAAUGAGGCCUUGGGAGGGCAAAUCUUGCUCUUAUACCAAACUUUUGGCACGUGCGAUGCAUGUGGCGUAUUUGUAACAGGGAUUUCGCCGGGAUCCUCACACAAUGCAUCCGUCUCCGUCAUAUCACUUUCUGUUAAUUCUACUGGUGGUUCCGGUGUGGUUGCUUCUUCAAUAAUAGGUUCACAAUUUUACAUGCAGAACCCUGUUUCUCUGUCUGAACUGUCACCUAUUGGUGGUAGUACCAUUGGCUUUAUCGUUACACCUACAAGAGUUUUAUUGUCAGUUAUCGAAACAACAUACGCAACGAUACUUUUCUCUUCCGGCCUUGGGAGCGCAAAUCUUGCUCUUAUACCAGCUAGAUUGAAAGUAUAUAGCCAGGGAGAGUCGAGACCAGGACAAGGGCACGGACCUAAAGUAAACUUUUGGCACAUGCGAUGA